AUGAAGAAUACAUUUCCAGGAGGUAUGCAGAGUACACAGCUAAGUGAAAGUAUAAAUGCUGAUUUGAAGGAUUAUAUAAAGUCUACUUUAGACAUUAUACAGUUUUUAAAGCAUUUUGAAAGAGUAGUCAGAGAUAAGCGUGCUAAUGAAUUGAAGGCUGAGUUUGAGGCAAGAAAUAAGCUCCCAAGGAACUUGUUUCCCAACACGCCCCUAAUGAAACGUGCAGGAGAAGUCUAUACUCCUUUAAUCUUCGGCUUAGUUCAAAAUGAGUACACAUGCAUUGGUUCUUGCUAUAUAAAAGGGAAGGAUGAAAGUAAUAGCUUGCAUAAGUAUGAUGUUGGUAUUCAUGGUUCAGAUGUGGAAUUAAGGAAAUUUGAGACAUUUGGUAUCCUAUGUCGUCAUGCUUUGAAAAUUUUUGAAAGGUUAGAUAUCACGUUAAUUCCUGAAGCUUAUGUUUUAAGUAGAUGGACACAUGUAGCAAGAAGCAUGACAGUAGAAGCUAUCAAGGGAAUACAAAUUGAGGAAAAUGUUAAUUUGGACUUUACAAAGCAUUAUAGAAUUCUUUGUCCUAAACUAGUAAAGAUUACAUCACAAGUAUCCAAUUCAGCAGAGGGAUAUGCAUUGGUGAGCAGUGUUGCUAGUGAUUUGUGUAAACAGUUAGACAAUCUUCAAAUUGGGAAUCCAAUUCCAACUCGAGAUGAGUCAAUUGAGGAGUAUAAUGUGAAUAUUGCAAAAGGGCUUAAAAAGAAAGAGAGGAAGAAGAAAGAGGGCUCAAAAACAAAUGAACGAUGGAAACCUUGGAUGGAAACACAAGGACAUCAGCCAAAACCAGCCCCCAAGAAAAAACCAAGGAAAGCAAUGCGAAGCCAAGGAAGUUCUACCAUGAUAAACCUCGUUACACCAUGCAAUAUAUCACAGCGGUCAUUCGAGCAUUCUAUACCUCCUGUAUAUUCCUCCCAAGCCACCACAUCUCAGUUGCUUCAUGUGCAAGUGAAUGUUGAUCAAUUUGCCUCCCAGUCUUCCUUACCUUCUGUACCUGCUGCUUCAACGGGGGACUUAGAGUCGUGUGAUUAUGAGUAUAUAGAUAUUAUGAUACAAGAUGAUAAAGGGGGUUUUGGAAGAUUGAUAGUUGACAAGAUUACAAAGGGGGUUCAGGAAGAUUGA